AGUUGGAAUUUGAAGGUUUGGCAGUUGGAGUUUAAGUCUGGUGUGCUCACGAGCGACGGCACAGGAGUAGUAAAAUAUUAACUUGAUGUGCGUGAGAGCGAUGUGGCUGUAUCGGUUAAUUAUUAAACAUAGUGUUUACAGAACGCGUGGAGCUCUACAAUGGUGAUCCUGAUGAACCAAAACAGCCUAUUUUGGAUUCCAUCAUGUUUGCAGCCGACAACCCAGAGCAGCAGAAUGCAGUUUCGAUCAAACUGCCCACUUUCUGGACAUCGCAGCCCCACAUGUGGUUUGAACAGGCUGAAAACUAGAAACAAUACAGGCUGAAGCCCAGUUCCACAAUCCAGAUCACUGCCGAUGCCACAAAAUACUAUUACGUUUAAGAAAGAACUACAGAUGCUGGAAAAAUCGAAGCAGUUAUUUGAGGAUCCAGAAGGAAAAAUUGAACUGCCGCCAUCUCUAAAGAUUCACUCUUGGAAACGUCCUCACGAGUUUUUAAUGGAGAAGACCCCUGUGAUCGUAGAGAAAGAAAAAUGGUUUGACCUAUUGGCUGCAAAUGAACAUCUUCUAGAGAGUGAGUUGAUGCGAUGGAUUAUCAAUGAACUCAUUAUGCUGUGGGACACCUGCCUAAGUCCGACCUUGAACGACAAAAUCUUGCUGAAUGAAUCGGGCCCUCCCUGGAAACCCUGGGAGCACAUCUAUGCCCUUUGUAAGGCUGUGAGGGGGCACCUACCUCUCUACAAUAGCUACGGAAAAUACGUUGUCAGGCUGUUCUGGAUGGGGUGCUGGCGCAAGAUUACGCUGGAUGACACCAUGCCCUUCGACAAAAACGAUAACCUGCUGCUUCCAGCUACAACCUGCCAGGAGGAGCUCUGGCCAAUGUUGCUGUCGAAAGCUCUCAUUAAGAUUGCAAACAUAGACAUGAUUACAACAGGAAGAAAAGAACUGGGUGACUUCACAGUUUUGCAUGCUCUUACUGGUUGGCGUCCUGAGAUCAUCCCGCUCCGAUCUGAAGAGUUUGAGAAAAUCUGGUCCUUUCUCAAGACUACGGUGCCAGAGUUCAUUUUGACAAACCAGGAGCCCCCUGUACCUGAGGAACCAGCUGCAGAAGUGUCGGUUUUAACAGACCCGAUGGAAACUGGUGAAAAAGAGAAGGAGACAAAGGUAGACAGUGCCGUCCUCAAACCAGCAGAAAAAGUUGUCAAAGAUAAACCAGAAACAAAGGAAGCUGGGAAGAAAAAGACAAAGGAAGGAGAACACAAUAAAGAGAAAAGCAAAUCAUUAAUUCAACGACCUGCAACUCUUUCUCGGAAUGCUUCUCUAUCUGUACUAGAAUUACUCCCGAUGCCAGUGAUGCCACAGAUGGUGAUGUAUGCUACCUAUGUCCCACUGCAGCUGUCAGACAGAACUACUUCAUUGCUUGGACAAAUGGCUGAAUCCUCAGAAAAGCUGCGGCACUAUGGCCUUUCCCACAUGCACAGUCACCCAGUACUGGUGAGAAGAACAAGAUCCUGUCCCCUUGUAAAUCCACCAGAGGAGAUACCGAUUCCUCAAUGGAAGUUGAUACGACCACGGAAUCGUCCCUUUCCGAUAGCUGACCCAAAAGAGCCCAAACCAAUAAAGCCUGAACAAUUCAUUGAAAUUGCAAGUCCAUUGCUUGACUACAAGAUGGACACCACAAUCUUCCCACCAGAGAAAAAGGAGCAACAGAAAGUUAAAAAAGGUGCCCCCCCUAUCAUGACAGCUGUGACUGAAAUCGAUGAAACACUGGAUCUGAUUCAAGAAUUUGAGGAAACCAUUAAGCCUAUAGAACCACUUACCAACAAAGAGAUUUCCCAAGCGGAUGAGAGCAAAACAGGUGAACUUUCCUCUAUACCAUCCUUAGUUCAUAGACAACAACUCAAGAAGAAUGUUGAGAACAAGAAGGAGACACAGCCUGAAAGCAUAAAGUCAGCUGGUCAGCUGUCAGCCAAACCCCCCACCGCUAAAAGUCGACACGGUAGUCCAGCAAGUCGGCAUGGAAGUGGAAAAGCUCAUCAAGGCAGUACAGCAGAAAAUAAAAAAGAAGAAUCUAUAAAGUCACCUGCUAAAAAUCGACAAAGUGCUACCAUAGAUCCUAAUAAAGAAGACGCUACAAAUGCUCGGCAACAACUGCAGGGUUUAACGGAAGAAACCACCUCCAUCCUCCACAUCAACACUGAGCUGUCACGGGCAUCCAGCCAGAUAUUGAACGCUGACACAACCUCCGAUGUCACAUUCGCAUUCACGUUCGAUCAGAAGUUUUGUAAGGAAAAAUGGAUUGAUCAUGAAGAUUUCUGCAAGUGUUUCCACUCACUGAUAAUUUUCCAUAACUCAAAUAAAUACACUUACUCGGUUGACAAGUCAACGUUCAAGUUCACAGAUGACCGAGGACCAUUCUAUCUACUAGUUGAUGAUCUAAAGCCCAUAGAAAUUUUGGUUACCUUCUCGGCCUUGGUACGCUGGGGGGAUCUCAGUUGUGAGAAAAGCCUCAGCAAGGAAAGCAAUGAAAAAGAUAAUCAGAAGGAGGGUUCAGGCCUGAUGCCAGGGGUGCUCCUGGCUGAAAGGUACUGCUGGAAGAGUUUUGUUUCAAAUCCACCAAUUCUGUACUUGAAAACACUGGCUACAAAAUCGACCAUCUUAGAACUGCCCAGUGGGCGUCAUGUGUUGCGGUUCACUGCCACUGCUCCCCUGGGAUACAACAUCAACCUUAGUGGUAAUGUGCCGUUUAUCUUUGGUGAUGAAGAUUUAAUUUUAUCAAAUCUUGGCAAGGAGAGCCUUCAAUUUUCCCAGGAGGCGGCCAUUAUAGUGAAAGCCGUACAAACAUUGAUGCGUAGUUUUAUUAAUGAUGAAGCACUUAAGAAGCCUUUAAUGGAACUGCAGUUUUCUCACUUUCCUAUCCAAUUUAAAAAUAAAAGAAUGGCUGAGAAGCAAAUUCAGGCCUUCAAUAAUGCCCUUUACGCCACCCUGCAGCACAUAUUAAAUGGUCCUGUCAGCCCAAAGAUUAAUUUUGCAUUCAGAGUACUCCUCCUUGAUGUUUCUCCAAGGGAGGUGCUGGGAAAGAUCAAGCUUUAUCCAGUGCCUGAGCAGUGGCAGAACAGGACCCCAUCCCAUGAAGAAAUACAGGCUGCUAUUAAAUUGCAAGCUUGUUGGAGAAAAAUACAUGUUCAAGACAUCUGCAACGCAACAAGAGUAGGAACAGUAGAAAAUUUGUAUUGCCAAGUUAUCCUGGACGAGGUUUUCCAUCUUCUAGAUUUAAAUCGGGAGCAAAAUGGCUUGUUUUUACUUAGGUAUCUGUUUAAUAAAAAUCCAAAACAGGCAGAAAUGUAUCCUUAUUAUAAUGAUGAGCAGACCAGGACAGUGUACGCUGACUACACAGUCUCAUACAGUGAUCAGUCUCCCCGCUUCUGGUUUCUGAUAUUCAGGGAAAUAUUCUUCUUGUCAGAGGACAUGCUGGUGGUGCCUAAGGUUUACACUUUGUUGUCGACCUAUGUUCUGCAUGUGGUCAACAAUGACACAGGAGAGGAAAUUCCUCGGGUUUUUCAAAAGGUGGCUCCUCAUGUCUAUACCAAAAAUAAGACUGGAUAUACAUUCGUGGCUGAAGCUCAGUCCGGAGCUUUCACACUCUCCUCCGGUAAAUGGAAGAUGCGUUUGAUCGGCUCCUGUCAUCCUCUUCCCAUCCUCUCAAGUGAGCCCGUGAACAACAACUUUACAAUGAAGGAGAUUAAAUCGUACUACAUUCCAAAUGACAAACACCUUAUCUUCAGGUUUCAGAUUAAUGUGAAUUUGAUGCACUUAUCAACCAUACACGUCCAAACUUCCAAGCCAGAUGUGUACAUCAAGAUACAAAUCCUCGAUCAAGACAAAGAAGUAGCCAAAGCAACUGGAAAAGGCCAAGCUGUCAUUCCUUCAUUUAUGUUUUACCAAAGCUUAGGACGUUCUUUUCUGCAGAAAUCUUCAGUUAAACAACCUGAAACUCUUGCUGUACAGGGAGGCUCCAAGAAGUCUGCAAGUACUUCGAGCAGAAUAGGGAGAGGUUCCUUGAGGUCAGGAAGUGAUCGGAGAGUAUCUCCUUUAAAAGACGAAAGCAGCUCCAUUCUGACUCCAUUCACUGAGGACAUCCAUGAGGCUGCGGAAGUGACUCACAAAUACAAAAUUCAGGCAUUAGUUCUGCACAAUAGCUGGCCACUAAAUGAAGCCGAAUUAACCUUUGCUGAAUCGCAAACGGAUUUGGACAACAGUGAAGUUACAGAGAAGAACACUGGCCCUAGUUCAGAGACUGAUGAGUCAAAGCACACACCAACGGCAAGACAUACCAGGAAAGGAAAGGACAAGAGUGACAAGAGUGACAAGAUUGAUAAGAGUGACAAAGGAAAAGAAAAAACCUCACAACACAAGACAGAUAUUCCGGCGUGGCAAAUUGAUUCAACUAAACCUCAUUUCACACUCCACUACGUUGUUGACUAUGGUGAAAGUGACAGUGUCGAAAUUAAGAAAGACACCAGUCGACAGGAUGAAAUUCAGGCUAUGAAACGAGCCUGGGAGGCUGCAGAACCUGGAAGAGCUUUCAAGGCCUUACAACUUCGUCUGCGUGUACUGAAUAACAAAGAAACAAACAUAACUCUCCAGGGCAUUGGUGAGAAGCAAGAUGAAAUUGUCAAUGGGGAUGCUUCUGAAAUAAAUACCCAAGCUACAGAACCGGAGAUACCAACCACAGCCAUUUUGCAGGAUGGUGAAGAAAUUCAAUACAGAGCUGUUGAUGGAAAAGUAAUAAUAUCUGAUGAUAUUAUUAAACCAAUGAAAUGGACCAAAUAUAUCAGGUCGACUCUUCGUGAACCAGUUCUGGAGAAUGGAAAAAUUAUUGAAGAACGAGAGAAGGUUAAGGCGGAAGUAAUUUACAAUUUCCGCCAAAAACGAGAGAUAGUCUUUCAGCAGCGUGAGACAGAAAGACAGACUCGCCGCCAACUGAAGGCACAGCAGCUGCAAAUGUUUGAAGAUUUGCAGGCAGCCUUAGAUGAAGCUCGGCAAGACGUCUUUCAACUCAGAGAGACAUACAGAACUAAACUUAUUGAGGAGGAAAUGAAGAAGCAAAGAGAAAUUGCGCAAAUGGAGGCACUCCAAGCAGAGCAAGAGAGGAAAACCAAAAGUGGCUCCUCCAAGAAGUCAAAGAGUCCGGGAAAGAAAAAAUAAUCUACAAAAAAGCCUAGUUUUUAUGUGCAUCCUCAAACAUAUUUCAUUACAUCUCCUCUAAUGCAAUCUUCAUAACAUUUUUAACAGUUAACAGCAACAUUCCCUGCUUACUUCCAGCGAAAUUCUCCAUUGUUCACCACACACACUUCCUUGAAAUAACAGCUGAAAAAUUCCAAGAACACAUGGGUCAGUCAGCAUCUGAGAAAAGUCAACUAUAAUUUCACCCUGUCCACCACUAGAAUUCCUGAACUUUUAUUCAUUUUGCUGCAUUAUGGGGUGACCAGACCUCACACGUGACAUUGGGUGCAGAAGUGAUUUUGGCAUAUCUUGUUUGCCUUCUGCGUGUUGAUUGACAGACCUGCUGGGUGUUGCAAUUUCCAUUUUCUUUGCAGUCUUUUAUUCCAUGUACGUGCUAUUUUUACAGGUAAUUCUUUGACUUUUUCAAUGGUGGAUCACAGUAUCAUUAAAGUUUAUUUUAUUGUCAA